CUCGCAGCGUCUACAACAAUCUUCUUGAAGUAGAGAAAGAACGUCCUUAACCAGCAGCUGUACUUGCCGAGACCGACCUAGGUAGAGGCGGGCAGGGCGACAACACCGAGUUCCUGUCGAUUCACUCUCGAGCGAGACAGAAAAGCAUCAAAACAGAACACGCGCGAGCUGAGCCAACGAACUGAGCAGCAAGCAGCAGUGUUAAGGAAGCAUCAGCAAGCAGUCUUAACUUGAGAAUGAGCUGACCCAGAGUGACAUCAACCAACCAAUAAUCAGACAGCCAGGAUGAACAAGAGUUUGGUGUUACUGUGUUACUUCUUGCACGUGUGGUGCAGAUGUAAUGGAGCCGUGUACACGCCCUCAGGGGGGCCGGUGUACGUGAAUCCAGAUGCGGCGACUGCGAAAUCCGUAGCGAUUCAACAGAAUGAAGCGGUGGAGCUUCUCACACAAACUGUCUACGGUUUCCUCGACUUUACUACUACCAUCGGCAACACCGUGAUGGUCUUCUCUCCCCAAAGUUUAUUAGCAGAUGGGGGUAAGAAAACUGCCGCUACCACUACUUCAGUCAUAGAAACGAAACCUGCAACGCAGUCUUCGCCUGCAGCAACAUCAUUACUGGAGAUAAAACCAAGCAAAACAACUGCGAAAGUCUCGGAGAAGAAAGGCUCUACCGUUCCGAUAGGAAACGCUCCGACCAACAAGAAGUUAACAUCCGGUGUGGAGGUAAAGUCUGGGGCCCCCGCCACCAUAAUUUCCAGCGUAGUUGAGGUUCGUGGAGGUGGGAGUCCAUCCAGCGCGGUGAAUUUGAAACAAGGGUCAUCCAGCGUUGUUGAAAUAAAGGGAGGCGCUUCAAGCAUAGUUGAAAUUCGUGGAGGAAGUCCGAAUGGCCUCUCUAGUAAAGUAGAAGUUCGAGAAGGGACGUCUACGGUAACGAAGGUGAAGAAAGAACCGUCGACAAAGGUUGAGGUGCACGAAGGACCAAGCAGCGUGGUGGAAGUGAAGGCGGGCCCAUCUAAGAUCCUGUUGAGUCACGUGCAGGUUGUCGGAGGAGAGGUCUCUCCGUCGGUAACCGUGGAGCAGAAUCACCAGAAUCAUCACAAUGAAGUACCCACCAUUUUAUCGAGCGUUGUCGAAGUGAGGUCUAGCAGUGAGGAACCGGCCUUGUCCGGAAACAAUGUCCUGGAACCGGAGUACGACUUCCUGUCCAGACAACCGUCCGAGGUCGUGGAUGAGACAUACAAGGUCAUAAACCUGAGACCGAGCUCCAAAUUUCACCUAAAACCCCGCCAGUCCGACAUUCGAAGUAAAGUGAAUGUGAUCACCAGUCGUGAUGAUCACAAUAACAAGGCGACACGCGGGGCUGGGGAACAGCUGCACCCCACAGGACUUGUAACCACACUCGGAGGAACCGUGGUGAAGGAGGGCGUCACCACAGUGCACGAGACAAGCGUUAUCGGAACCUACGUCUCGGGGAAGUACGCCCAGGUUCUCCAGAGCACUUCCCACAUAAUCCAGCCACAACACGGGAAAGUAAAACCAACUCCAUCAUCCUCGCUGAGGAUACUGAAAACGGCCGCUCCCGCCCUUGGCAAAUCCAGAAGUUCUGCACAUCUGGAGCCCACUCCUGCCGGAUCCCUGUAUGAAGAGACCGUCGCAUUGCCUCUAGAAGCCCUAUUCAGCUCAGCGCCUAGCUCGAACUUCAUACGGUCUUCUCGAAGACACGGCGGUCUAACGGCGCCGAAGAGUAAUUUUCACAGUAAAUUCAACCGAGUACGAGGCCGAGAACAUCAGGACAAUCGCGAGCAAGAUCUGGGAGAAGAGUACGAGGAGGAAGAAGACGAUCUAACUGUUGCGCCAACUAGCAGCAGAAAGGCGCCUUCUAGAGCUGCGGCCGUGAAGCCCACCCAAUCCGUCAGAUCGCCAUUCAAAUCUGCCUCCAAAAAUACGUUCAGCAACAACCGGUUUGCCCGUGUGUCCAGUACGCCCGAAUUGGCCACCGUGUCAGUGUUCAGUGACCCUCCGUCUGCGACACCUUCCGGAGGACGACGAUAUCAGCAACAGUCCUCACAGCGGAGAAGCGGCUACCGAUCUAGCAGCAAUACAGUCAAUAAUGAAGGUAACGGCUAUACCCGCAGGGGGUACAAGCCUCGAGUCCAGUCUUCUUCUGCAGACAGCGCCUCUGGCAGUACCAGCCUCUACAAGUUCAAGUUAGCACGGCCACCAGGCAGGUGGCAAUACAAGACAACGCCCAAACCGCGAAUAAGCAUCAGAAAGCAAAACGAGGAUGAAGCUAUGCCGUACGACAACACGACCAUUACGACAACCCAACAACCUCAACCUCAGUACAACCCGGCAGAUUCUGAACUUAGAGCCAGGUCAGAUGACCCUGACCAGGAGCCUACAGGGUCUGACGUAGGAGUGACCUCGGUAAAUAACGAUGACCUUGAGGAGGAUGUUCCAGUGGCAGAGACAAUCAAGGUUGAAAUAUCCACCCCGGCCGACUUCAAAGACACAUACUACGAAAUUGCAACAAUAAAAUCUCCGUACACUUUCCAGGUUGGUACAAUAAAGAACACUCGGUUCAUCACAGUCACGUCAACAAUUGAAAAGAGCCUGGAGAACACAGAUAGCCCCGCUAUUAUCAGCUCAAGCGCCACCGAACCACUUACCGAGAACAUUCUGGCCAGCACAAUAGCGCCCGGUUACGACAAGGAAAACAACCUGCCUCUGGACUCUAGCAUCGCCACGCUCCCUCCCAUUGGGCUGGCAGGAGACGCCGAAACGCCACCAUUGGAGACUCUGACAGAGACUUUCAGCACAACACAGCUUCUACUCAAGACCCACAUUCUUCCUGUGAUUCGUGGGGGCAGUAACACAACCAGGUACACUCUGGUGCAGUCGUACCACGUGACGCGCCUCGUCACAGCCACGAAAACACUGCCGCCCAUGGAGGUUUACCACUUUGUGCCCAGCAAGACCCUCAACGAAUUCAACACGCACCUGGAAGAGGCUGGCUCUGAACUGCACCUGGAGCUAGAGUUUGGUGAUGACAACGACGAUGGUGACAAACCGGCGGCUCUCAGGGCGUUACAACCUGACAUUGAUUUGGCAAAUAUUGGUUCUGAUUUUGAUCUGUCCGAUGUAGACAAGACCCGUAUCCCCGAAGGUCAUAUCAGACUUAAGAAAGCUCAAUCCACGCCUCCGAAACAGACCAGCUCACCAGAUUCCCAGCAAACGCCUGCUUUGAGCCAUGAACAACUUCAACAGCUAGCUCUGUUACGACUCUUAAAUCCCGCUGCAGCUGCAGCUAUUCCACAAGUUAUUACCACAUCCAGACCGGUGCUAAAAAUUGAAACUGUAUAUGAAUCGCAUGUUCUACCAGUUAUAAACGGAGCAUCUACUAGUUACAGCACAAUUUCCCGACCAGUGGCUACCGUCAGCAAAACAGAAUAUGAGUACGGAACAAGCACAUUGCCAGCAUUGCCGGUGCCUCCCGUGAAUCAGCUAAAUCCCAUCUUCCCCCAACAGCAACACCAGUUUGCACUCACUUCGACUCCCGUUGUGACACAGACUGUAGUGACAGAGACAGACAGCAAGGUUCUCAAACUGACGUUUGGAGCCAAGACGGCGUACACUACUCUUCUGUCCACGAAAGUCGUACCAACUGUCUUAACUACUUAUGUCACUGGAUCCGUCCCACUUCAGCCUUCAGCACCGGCAUUCCCAGGAUAUUUCCCCGCGCCAUACCCACAAUUUCCCUUUGUAGGCUGAAUUUGUCGCCACACAAAGGUCCCAUAUAUUUUAACGAGGUAACACAACCUUUGUUGCUAUCCGGUGGACUUUGCCUAAAGCCAAAGUACUUUUAGCGUGACAAUGUCUCAGGGAGACGAAAGUGAGGGGGAUGGUAAACGAGAGGGGACUAUAAAAUGAAUGUUGAAGAAUGGAAUACACAAAUAUCAAAUCGAAAUGUGGCGCUAUCCCCAGUGAAUAUAAUUUUGUCUACAAAACAAUUAAUACUCAGAGGACUUCUUGUUCUGAGCGUACUGUUUACCAUUAUUCAUAAAUGUUGGACAAUACACGCCGUUUCGGAAGAUAAGAUGAUUUCGCUCCAAAGAAGAGAUCUCUCUGGAAACGUGAAAGUAUUUAAUUUAAUUCAGACUAGUGACACAAUAUGGACUACUACUGUCAUAUUCAACGCAUUCCCAAGUGAGAUGUCGAAACUGUUCUGGUAUUGUAACCGGUAUAGAAAACGCAGUUCCUCUACCAGUUUAUUCCUCCAGUUGUAGUAAGUACACUUGGUGUCCCACCAUUAGAGACUGCCACGUCAACCUUCCACUCAAUUACAAGGAGAGAAAUAACGUCUCACCUUGGCUGCCUUCACGACCACAUCACACAUCUUCAUAGAAUUCGCUACCUGACAAACCUCUGCAGCCACAAAGGCAAUGCUAUUUAUUUAAUAUGCGUCUGUAAUGUGACCAAAUGCAGACUUCAAUCAUUCCGUUACCGAGGCUAGAAUUUAAAACAGAUUUGAGAGAAUCUAUGCACAUACAUUAUUCAUACUUUGAGAGUCUUUAUCGUUUUUCUGUGUGCUAAUAUAUCUCUAUCCGUAUAGCUAGAAACGCCGAUGUGCGCAGUUUUA